AAAAGAAUAACGACCUGGGACCGUUUUUACAUAAUAUCUCGAGUCUUCAUCAUAGCACAAUGCAGCAACACAACGCCGAUCAAAGAGUUCUUAAAGCUAUUACUUAUAAAUCGCCUCGGAUUCUUCGAGAGCUGUCCUUUGGAAUGUAACCCCACCGCUUAAAGCUUUCACCCUAGCUUUGAGAAACGUCAUAUAUAAUACUAUCUAGGCCGAACCUGAAAACUUCCUUACUGGCCCUAUCCUUUCUACAUAUCAACCAUUCUAGUCACUUGGGCACAAUGGCUCGUAAGAAUUUGACGUUUCACCUUGCCGAACGCCCCAAGGGCAACAUUGUACCAGGGAAAACCUUCAAUCUCGUGGAGACUGAUGCCCCUACGGCCGACGACCUGAAAGAUGGCCAACUUCUCGUCGAAAACAUCUACUUGUCCUUGGAUCCGGCCAUGCGCACAUGGCUGUACGACAUCCGAUCGUACACCCCGCCAGUCGCCAUUGGCGAAAAAAUGCGCGGCGGCGCCAUUGCCAGGGUCCUCGCGAGCAAGAGCUCCAAGGCUAAGGAGGGCGAAUUCGUCUUCGCCCGCAGCGGGUGGACCGAAGUCGCCGUCGUGGGAGAGGCCGAGUUCGAUACCAUCGAUCUGCCCAAGGGCACCCAGCUCACGCACGCCAUAGGCGCUGCUGGCAUGACCGGUCUUACGGCCUACUUCGGCCUCACGGAGAUCGGGAAGCCCAAGGCCGGAGAGACGGUCGUAGUGUCGGGCGCCGCGGGCGCGACGGGAUCCGUCGUCGGCCAAAUCGCCAAGAUUAACGGCGCACGCGUCGUCGGGCUCGCGGGCUCGGACGAGAAGUGCAAGGUGCUGACCGAGGAGCUCGGGUUCGACGUCGCGCUCAAUUACAAGGCGCCGACUUUCGCGGAGGAUUUCGUCAAGGCGACGCCGGAUUAUAUCGAUGUUUAUUGGGAUAAUGUUGGUGGUGAUAUCCUCGAAAAGGCACUUGCGCGUGCGGCACCGCAUUCCCGCUUCGUGAUCUGCGGCGGCAUCAGCGGCUACAACAGCCUCGACCAAGAAAACCACGGCAUCCGCAACAUAUUCCAAGUCAUCACGCAGCGCAUCCGCAUGGAAGGCUUCAUCGUCUUCGAUUACCGGGACCGGUACCCCGAGGGGAAGAAGCAGCUCGGCCAGUGGAUCGCGGAGGGCAAGCUGAAGGCUAAGGAGACCAUCGUCAAGGGAGGUUUGAAGGUGGCCGACGCGGCUAUGAGUAGCCUGUUUGACGGUGGGAAUACGGGGAAGCUGCUCGUGGAGGUUAAGCCUAUUGAUCAGGAGGAAGUAUCACGAUAUGUGACAAAAUAUUUGGCCAGAUAGGUACCAACAUAGGUAGGAGAUGAGUACAAAUCCAUAUGUACACUAGGCAGUCACCGUAGAAACAAGAACAAAACACAUACUUGCCUAAA